AUGGAACGGAAAACGAAAAAGGAGAGAAGAAGGUGUAAGAAGGAGGCAGAGGAGGUAGGGUUCGUUGAUGAGAAUAUCCAAAUACUGGACAUUCCAAUUCACAUACUCUUCGAUAUUAUGCUUAAACUACCUGCUGUCUCCUUAAUUCGAUGUUCUUCCGUUUGCUACAAAUUCAAAUCAAUUAUUUUCGAUCCUUCCUUUCAACAAUCCUAUCUCAUCAAAGCCCCUCUCUCCUUCGUUGUUCUCUCUGAUAAUCUCCGUCUCACUUCAAUCGAUUCCCAAUUUCAUACCCUAAACCCUAAUAUUUCCAAUCACUCUUCCUCUUGUAUCGCCAUCCAACCUUCUCUCGAUUCCAAACCCUGCAAUCCCACCUCCUCCACCACCUCCACCGCUUCCACCGCAGCCACCCCAACAAUUCAUCAUCAUCAUCAUCAUCAUCACCAUCAACAACAAUCGCGUAACAACAGAACAAACAGGUUCGUGACAUUUCAUAUACAUAGGCAUGUGGAUUUGAUCAAUUCUAGUAACGGUCUAUUGUGUUUACGUGCUUCUAAUUGUCGCACUCCAUCUCGCUCUCUUUAUUACAUCUGCAAUCCUUUGUUGGGCGAGGCUCUCACCGUUCCCCUUGCCCCAAGUCCUGCCGAUCAAAACCUCUAUUUUUCAGCUUUUGGCUUUGAUCCCAAGAAGAAACAUUUCAAAAUUCUUCAACUGGUUUUCAAAUCCGAUCAAAUGGUGGCUGAAUUGUACCAAUCUGAUUCAGGGAGCAGAACAUGGUCUCUCAUUCCAGACGCUCCAUCUACCAGACCUAUGGUUAACAGUUCGUUUGAUCCAUCCCUCAACGGUGCACUUCAUUGGCUCACAGAGGAUGCUUCAAUUUGCUCGUUUGAUCUCAACAACAACAAGUUCAAAUCGGUGCCGCCGCCUUCACAUUUUGAUGAUGAGUAUGUGAGUAGGAUCUCGACAAUCAGUGUUGGUGUGUUAAAAGGGUGUUUAUGUCUGUGUUAUGUGAUUGAGGGUGCAAGAUUGGAGACAUGGGUGAUGUCAAAGUACGGUGAGAAGGAGUCAUGGAGUAAGGCAUUCAGUAUUGAGAUAAAGUCAUAUUGUGGAUUGAGUCCACAGGACAAGCACAGACCAAUUGGAUUCAACACUUCUGGAGAAAUGUGGGUCACAGCUGAUUCUGAUUCUCGUUCCUUUACAAAGUGUCUUGUCUCUUUCAACCCUGAAACAGGUGUCUUUAGAAACAUUGAGAUUGGAGGAGCUGCUUCAAACAUUCAAGCCACUCCUCAGGUUUUGAGCUAUUUUUCCAUUAAGAAAAUGGUUAAUAUUCGUCACAGCAAACUUCAGCUUCAGACAUUAAGGUCUGCCAAGAACCAUGCCUUAGGAUUCGAUUUCUUGCUUAUGGGGAACUUUCGAUAG